CCCUGAUUGGAUGACUGACAGGGUUUCCCCCUGAUGAGUGAGGGACGCUGAAGGGGCUUAGUGGGCGGCAGCGUCCUCUCGGUAAAGGCAGAGCAGGCACGGCCAUUUGGAAUCUACGCGGGACCAAAAACAACAUUUUUCCAGACUUUCCAGGCGACAUCGGACACGACACUUCUCAGAAAACGCCAUCGCGGAACCUCGACCUCGUGUCACAGAGGUCAAUCAUCCAGCUGCGCAAUGCCUCGUGACGUCUUCCCACCACCGCGGAUCCUGCUGCUGUUCCUUUCUGUGAUCGGGGCGUCCAACGCCUGCCUGCAGGACCCCGCUUCCGCCUACAGGCUGACUGGAGCCGUGUGUCGCCUCACCUACCCUGCAGCUGUUGUGCUGAACGAGAAAACCACCAAAGUGAUCGAGGCCGCGUUCCAGCAUGCCAGAUACCCAGGUGUGAAGGGGCAGAAGUCUCUUCCCUUCAUCGGCAAAGUCACGUACGGCCUGGACAAUUUGGAGAUUCACAACCUGUCGAUCGGCCAGAGCGCCGUCGAGCUGCUUCCUGGGGAGGGCAUCGCGCUGGACAUAAGCAACGUGUCCGCCGUCUUCAGAGGGAACAUCCAGUACGGAUACGGCAGCUGGCUUGUCAACGUUGCACAUUCAAUCGACUUUGAAAUCGAAUCCCAGAUUGAUCUUGGAAUCAAGCCCAAACUUUACUGCGGAGAAGGGAAGGUGGCGGCAGACACAAGGGACUGUUAUCUUAAUUUCCACAAGCUCCAUCUGCAUCUGCAGGGUAACAAAGAACCAAACUGGCUGAGGAAGCUCUUCACCGACUUCAUCACCUUCACCGUCAAACUGGCCAUAAAGGGACAGAUCUGCAAGGAGAUCAACAAGGUGGCAAACAUACUGGCUGACUUCAUACAGGACCGAGCAGAUCAGUUCCUCAGCUAUGGAGACAUCGGUGUGGACAUUGGCAUAACUACUGCUCCUGUCAUCAAUGCCAACUACGUAGAAUCAUACCACAAGGGUCUGACCAAGUACAACAACACCUCCGCGGUCAUCAGUGACUCCGUUUUCCACCCCAGUCAGCUGACUGAAGACAAGAUGCUCUACUUCUGGAUCUCAGACCAGGUCUUUAACCCCAUGGUUACUGCUGCACACCAAGAUGGCCUUUUGCAACUCAACAUCUCGGGAGCAGAACUCACUGACCUUUUCAAGACAAAUCUCUCCAGUGCAAUGCCUGAAUUCAUCAGAGAGUGUCUGCUGGAAUCAGGUUCUCCACAGCUGAGAGUGUGGAGCUCAUCCGUCCCCUACGUCAACACCUCCACCCACGUUGGUACGGCCGUGUGGGGGACGGCCUCCGGGCAGCUUCACUGUGGGACCCAAGGGCCGAUACUGUCCUUCAAAGCGCAUGUGUCCAUCGACAUCAAGGCUUCCUAUGCUGACAAGAAACUCCGUCUGCACGGAACCCCGUCUGAGAUCUUUAUAUCCGAAGCGGAGCUGUCCGGACAAAAUCAAUCGCUGCUGGAUGUGGAUGAGUUUCUAAGAGAAGCUGUGGAGAAGAUCGGCAUCCCCAAGGUCCUGUCUGCUCUGGAGAUUGAGAUAACCAGGCUGCUGGACAAACAGGGAACAAACUUAUUUGACAUCUUCAACCCAGAAGUUCUUCCUCAGGAUGGCUUUGUGGUGAUUCAGAUGGAUUUUGGUUUCCCUCAUCACCUCCUGACUGAGUUCCUGAGGAAGACUCUACAGUAGCGUUGCAACCCUUAAGCAAUUUGGAUCUGAUUGGUUUUCAGUGACUUGCCUAAAAGUGUUAUUCAAAUUAAAAAAUACGUAGCCUUUCGAGUGAUUAUCGAAAUUAAACGAGACAAAACCUA